GUUAUUGAAUAAAAGUUUGAGUUACAAAGGUCUCAUUUUUGAACAAAUUUUAAUAAUUUAGUUAAUUUUAUUGUAUUUGAAAUACUUUAUAAAAUAUUAUUGAAAACUAGAAACACAAAAUGUACUGUAAUUCUCCUAUAUAUUAAUUAUGAAGCAGAGGGACCAAUCGAAUAGUAUCGUAUUUCCCAGUGCAAUUUGUUUGUAUCAUUAGGUUGUAAAAUGAACACACUAUGUCUUAUUUGAGUGCUUCAGAAAAUGUGGGUUUCAGUGGUAUUACCCAAAAUAUAUCAGAUGCGAGUUGUGCUACACAGUAUAAAAUGGCAGUUGAGAGUGUGUCAGGGGGCUGCGGUGGUGAAGUAAACAUGUUUAUACAUGAUAGUUCAGGGGAUGAACAAUAUAUACCGCACCUAAGUGAAAGCUUCUUUCAUACCAAAUUUAAAAUAGAUCCUAAUGAAUUAUACACAUUUCAUGACUCUGAUGUUAUUGCCGGAGAAAUAACAGUAAGCCAUACGGAUGACAAUUUAAUAUUUCCUGACAGCACUGAUACUAAAGUAAAGAUAUCUGAAAACUUAAAUAAGGAAAUAGAUGUAUUAAACUCCAUAAGCAAUGGUGAUAUAAAAUCAGAAAAAAAAAAUGUAGUUUCUAAUGGUCAUUACUCACCAGUUUUUAACAAUGCCUCGAUUAAUCAUACAGACUCAAAAGCUAUACAUGCCAAAGUUCAAAAAGCAAAGACUCAAGUUAACACUCUGCCUAAGGUAGCAGAGAUUCGGCGACCAAGCAUUCCUAGCCCUAAAGGUCAACAUAGUUCUGGUUCAGCACCUAAUUGUCCAAAAGUCAGUAACAAUACAAGCAACAUUAAUGAAAAACUUUCAUCAGCAUCAAAAUCAAACGCUGAAACAUUCUUAGAUGUUUUUAAGAGAGAACAAGGGCUUACAGAGAACUUAAUGACCAUUAAAACUGAACCAACUACAACACAUAUGAAAACCCCAGCUCCUACACCUAAAAAACCCCCAACAGUUAAAUCUUCUCAAUCCAAACCUCGAAAAGGUCGAGGUCCAACUGUUCAUGAAGCUUUACAACGGAUACCACAACAACGUCGAGUUUUGGCUCUACCUAACUCAACAUGGCAUGCUCCAGGAGAAGAGAUGUUUCAAUGUGGUCCUCUAGAUGACAAAAAACCGAAUGCCUUCAGACAACUAGAGAGUAGCAGUAGCGAUGAUGAUAACAUGCCAGAAUUUGAAUCAGGUUCUGGGCCGGUGUGUGUUGAAGAAAGUGCGGCGGAGACUCGCGGGGCGCGACUAGCACUGCGUCGCGCUGCCAUGAGAAGACACGUAGCUAGGGCUGCUACUACACUACAGUUGAACAAAGGCCACAAGGAACAUAAAGCUUUAGCUUCAAUAAUCAAGAAACAAAUAAAUGGUAAAAAUUCGUCAUGUCGUCUUCCACCACAAACUGUCAAUCAUUUGCUCGCGAUGCGCGGCAUGACUUCUGUCUUGACGUUACAAGAUCGUAAACAACUCAGAGAGGGUGGGUGGUCUGGUGGCGAGAGUUGUCGCUCAGAAGCGAACAUAUGUACAGAUGACAAAUGCGUGCAGUCUCCACUGCCUUGCGGACGCUAUUGUCUAUCUCACGUGACUCUAGCGCCCGAGCAGCGGCUGUACGCGGCGUGUGCUGCAGUAUUCGCGGGCGGGGAGCGCUGCAAGCAACCGCUGCUUCCGCUACAGGAACAGACGCCACUUUGUACCGAGCAUGCGUGGAAGCGGGAUAAUUACGAGCUACUCAGCCGCGAGAGCAAGCCGGCCAAAGCGCCCCGCAAGCGGCCGUGGGUCCCGCCGCGCUCGCCGCGCCCGCCGCGCGCGCCCCGCCCCCCGCGCCGCCCCAAGCGACGUCGCCGGCUCGUGCCCAAGAGACCGACGCAGACGCACUCCUUAUCCGAAAUCAACGUAUGCUCCAACUCUUCCGCCUACGACAGUUCUGAGGAUACAGCGAUUGGAGGUUUAAGUGAGAACGAAUAUAUGACUGCGAGUAAUUCUCAUGAUCUGGAAGUGGGACACGUGCCACCGGACGACAUUUUAGAUCCAUCGGUACUAAGUCAGAUACCGGACGAAGCAUUUACGGAAUUUUUUAAUCAAACGGAAAGCGGUGCUCCAUUCGGCGAGAGCUCGGAGCUGGCGGCGGCGCUGGAGGCCGUGCUCGACGAGCGCGGCCUGGACGAGCGCGCGCUCGACAUCGCCGACGUGUUCGACGUGCAGCACAAGCACAAGAUGCAGGUACCAACAGCAGUCGGCAUGGAAAUGUCAUCGAAUGCGCCUUCAUAACAUAUUAGUAUACACGUAUUAUGCUAAGCUAAAAUAAUUCUUAUGUACUAUGUAUUUAGGAACAAAUUCGUUAUCCGUAGUCUCAAGAAGUUUUCUUCAUGCUUUAAGUUUGUGUGCGUGCAUGUCUAGUGAAGUUGUACUGUAGGUAUUGAAAAGUCGGAAAAACGAUUUGAUUGUAACGAUAAGGGAGUUCCGAUAAAUCUUUAUAGCAAUUUGUAAAUUAUUUUUAUAUUAUUCGGUGGCUUUUCCUUUUUAAUUAGCAUAGUGAUCGUUUUAAUCACAAAAUUUCGAAUUGGCAUUUAAGAAAUUAACCUAAUUAGGGUGAAUUUAUCAGUAUUAAUAUUUUAAAUUUUUAUGAAUAAUAUUAGUUAGUUAAAAAAAAGGCAAAUCCAUUGUACUUAAAGAUAUUUAUUGUACUAUUGAAA